GAGGAGGAAGAGGAGAAGUUCAAGAGGGAGGUCCGCAGCCUCCCUCGCGCUCUCCUCGCGCGCGGACGGACCCUGCCAACCUCCUUUCCAUCCCCACCUAGCGUUCCCUCUUCCUCCUCCUCCUCCUCCUCCUCCUCCUCCUCCUCAGUGAGCGAGGCACGCGUGGAGCAGAAGCARGAGAGGAUGCUGGAGAGCCCUGCUCGGCCCUAAUUCCUGACUCUUUCCUUCUCUCUCUCUCUCUCUCUCUCUCUCGGAGGGAAUCAUUGCGUUUGUUACUUCUAAGGGAGGCGGGGAGGGAGCUUCAAUGCCUGGCCCGACUCUAGCCGAGUUCGCCGUUCAGAAGGGACUCUAACCCAGCUGCAUGGGAGGACAUGAACGUGGCGGGGAAGCCGUCUCCUCCCCCUCCUCCGGGGCAAGCGCCGGACCGGCCCGACAGCCUCCUCGUCCCCACUUGGAUAAAAACUGGAAUUGCAUUGCUAUACGAUGAAAUAUCCGGAAAUACCUAUGAAAUCCGACUGAAGCUUACAAAAGAGGUACUAACAAUUCAAAAACAAGAUGUCAUCUGUGUUAGUGGAAGUGAUCACAGUUCAAAUCACAGAACUGUUAAACUUCACAGACAACCAGUUGGUGGCUUGGGCUUAAGUAUAAAGGGUGGUGCUGAGCACAAAGUGCCUGUAGUUAUAUCAAAAAUAUUUAAAGACCAAGCAGCGGACCAAUCAGGAAUGUUAUUUAUAGGAGAUGCAGUAAUACAGGUGAAUGGUAUAAGCGUAGAAGGUGCUACCCAUGAAGAAGUGGUGCAUCUACUGCGAAAUGCUGGCGAUGAAGUUACCAUCACCGUUCAGUACCUCAGGGAAGCUCCAUCAUUUCUAAAGCUCCCAUUGGGUUCCCCUGGUCCAUCAAGUGAUCACAGCAGUGGUGCUUCCUCCCCUCUCUUUGACAGUGGUUUGCAUUUAAAUGGAAAUUCAACAAAUACAGCUCCAUCAUCACCUUCUUCACCUAUAGCUAAUGAACCAAAAUAUGAGAAGCGCUGGCUGGACACCUUAUCCGUUCCUCUGUCGAUGGCUCGAAUCUCGAGGUACAAAGCUGGAACAAAUAAAUUAAGAUCUAAUGCAUUUGAAGUACUGGCACUCGAUGGAGUUAGCACUGGGAUACUUCAGUAUUGUACAGCCCAGGAGAGUGCUGAUUGGCUGAGAGCAUUAUCAACUAACAUCAGUGAUUUGACACUACAAAAUAUGAAGAUGGCAAAUAAAUGCUGUUCUUCUUCAGACCAGGUGAUACAUAUGGGGUGGGUGAAUGAGAGGCUCCAGGGAGCAGAUUCUCCGCAGCUCUAUAAAUGCAAGUUCCUGGCACUGAAGGGUUCGUCAUUCUACAUUUUCAGCACACCACCGGUAAGCACAUUAGACUGGGUACGGGCUGAAAAAAUCUAUAACCUCUGUGAGGUUCUCUUUAAAGUCCACAAGCUCUGGCUUAAUGAUGAUUGCUGGCUUCAAGCAAACUUAUAUUUAGGUAUCCAUCAAGACUAUGAACUUGAAGACCAGAGACCAUAUUGUUUCAGUGUCGUGGUUGGACAUUGCAAGAGUCAUUAUUUCAAUGUAGAGUUGGGAAGUGAGCUGGCCGUAUGGGAAAAAUCCUUUCAAAAAGCGAUUUUUUUAGAAGUACAGAGAACAGGGUCUAAAACCUAUACAUGUAGCUGGCAAGGAGAAAGCUUAUGUUUUACGUUAGACUUUACUUUGGGAUUCACCUGCUUUGACAACAAAACAAAGAAUGUCCUCUGGAGAUUCAAGUUUUCUCAGCUGAAGGGGUCAUCAGAUGAUGGGAAAACGCGAGUUAAACUGCUUUUCCAGAACACAGAAACAAAACAAAUUGAGACAAAGGAACUAGAAUUCCAGGAUUUGACAGCAGUUUUAAACUGCAUCCACUCCUUUAUAGCUGCUAAAGUUGCUUCAGUGGAUCCCUUAUUUAUAGAGGGCCAGAGCAUUGCAAGAAAAUAUACCUACAGCAAUUGAGAGAAUUGUAUGUUCUGAUUAUAAAAAAAUUAAAUUAUUUUCUUAAAGAAAAAAAGGUUAUUUCAUGCACAAUAUUGCAAUUCCAUGUGAUUUUAUAAAAGAUCUAUAGUUGUGUUACAAAUAAAAGUUACUAGUUUUCACAUUUGAGUCAUCAUUGUUAAAACUGAUGAGUUAAGCAUUUAUUCAAACUGAAUCAGUUUGUGCCAAAAUGCCUAAAUGAGUAUUUUCACGCUAUAAUAAAACUGUACUAUUAUUUUAAAUCUCGUUGUCCAGCAUUACACAUUUCUAACUUUAAUAAUAAUAAUAAAACCAGAUAACCAA